GCCAGGUUGCCGGUUUGGCUUUGUAGAGGAGCUGGUCCCAGUGCUUUCGUGUGCCGCGCUGCGAGUGCUGCUGCAGGGUGCUGUGAGGGGGCCAUGGGCGACCCGGGAAGCCACGACAUGGAUGCAGUGACCUAUAAUGAUGUGCAUGUUGACUUCACCUGGGAAGAGUGGUCUUUGCUGGAUCAUUCCCAGAAGAAUCUAUACAAAGAUGUGAUGCUGGAGACCUAUAUCAACCUCACUGCUAUAGGCUACAAAUGGGAAGAUCACAAUAUUGAAGAACAUUGUCAAAGUUCUCGAAGACAUGGAAGGUAUGACAGAAAUCAUACUGAAGAGAAACCCUCUGAAUAUACUCAAUGUGUUGAAGCCUUUGCAUAUCAAAGUCAUCUUCAACGUCAUAAAAGAAUCCAUACUGGAGUGAAACCCUCUGAAGAUAUUCAAUAUGAUGAAGCCUUUGCAUGCCGUAGUCAUCUCCAAAUACAUAAAGGAACACAUACUGAAGAGAAAUCCUAUGAAUGUAAUCAGUGCAUUAAAGGAUUUGCAUGUCACAGUCAUCUUCAAAUACAUAAAAAAACACAUACUGGAGAGAAACCCUAUGAAUGCAACCAGUGUGGUAAAGCCUUUGCACGUCAAAGUUGUCUCCAAAUACAUAAAAGAAUACAUACUGGAGAGAAACCCUAUGAAUGUACUCAAUGUGGUAAAACCUUUGCACAUCCAAGUAAUCUCCAAGUACAUAAAAGAACACAUACUGGAGACAAACCCUAUGAAUGUAAUGAAUGUGGUAAAGCUUUUGUAUGUCAAAACCGUCUCCGAAUCCAUAAAAGAACACAUACAGGAGAGAAACCGUAUGAAUGUAAUCAAUGUGGUAAAGCAUUUGCAUGUCAUAGUUAUCUUCAAAUCCAUAAAAGAACACAUACUGGAGAGAAACCCUAUGAAUGUAAUCAGUGUGGUAAAGGCUUUACAUCUCCCAGUUAUCUUCAUAUUCAUGAAAGAACACAUACUGGAGAGAAACCUUAUGAAUGUAAUCAAUGUGGUAAAGGCUUUACAUGUCACAGUCAACUUCAAAAUCAUGAAAGAACACAUACUGGAGAGAAACCAUAUGAAUGUAAUCAAUGUGGUAAAGCAUUUGCAUGUCAUAGUCAUCUUCAAAUGCAUAAAAGAACACAUACUGGAGAGAAACCCUAUGAAUGUAAUCAGUGUGGUAAAGCCUUUGCACAACACAAUCAUCUUCAAAGGCAUAGAAGAACACAUACUGGAGAAAAGCCCUAUGAAUGUAAUCAAUGUGGUAAAGCCUUUGCAUCUCAAAGUAAUCUCCAAAUACAUAAAAGAACACAUACUGGAGAGAAACCAUAUGAAUGUAAUCAAUGUGGUAAAGCCUUUGCACUUCAGAGUCAUUAUCGAAGUCAUGAAAGAACACAUACUGGGGAAAAACCCUAUGAAUGUAAUCAGUGUGGUAAAGCUUUUGCACACCAGUUUCAUUAUCGAAGGCAUGAAAGAACACAUACUGGAGAGAAACCUUAUGAAUGUAGUCAUUGUGGUAAAGCUUUUGCACGUCAGUGUAGUCUCCAAAUACAUAAAAGAACACAUACUGGAGAGAAACCCUAUGAAUGUACUCAAUGUGGUAAAGCCUUCACUUGUCAAAGUAGUCUCCAAAUACAUAAAAGAUACAUACUAGAGAGAAACCCUAUGAAUGUAGUCAAUGUGGUAAAGCUUUUUCACAACACAGUAGUCUUAAAAUACAUAAAAGAACACAUGCUGGAGAUAAAUCCAAUAUAUGUAAUCAAUGUGAUAAAGCCUUUGUAUCAGAAACCUUUGAAAACAUAAGAAAAAAAUCAUACUGCGAAGAAACCACUUAAAUAUAAUCAGUGUUGCAAAGUUUUGCAAGUCAUGGUAGUCUUUAUACAAGAUUAAAAAUUUAGUGUCUAGUUUGUCUAUUAAAACCCCUGAACAUAAAAUUAGACUUUAGGAUUCUGACAAGACUCAUACUGAAGGUACUCUGAAUAUAAGUGAUUUGGUAAGAUCUUUAGCCAAUACAUUUACAUUCAGUUACGCAACAUUAUUCCGUGCUACAUUCACGGCUGUCUCGCCAGUGUAGCAGAAAUGCUGACUGGAUGGGCAAAUAUUGCCGGAAGGAUCAGGAUCCGCGCUUCUCGGUGUUGUGUCCUGGGCUGUCCCCUGGCAAUCAGUUGUGGUGUAAUGCUACCUGAGUUGCCAUUUGUACUGACCAACCUGACCUGACUGUACUUGGUGCUAUAUGUCUGUCUUUUCCCUUGUC